UUAUCCGUCUGGCUUUACUCUGUUGUGGAAGCCAUUUUGGGAUUUUCAUAGUAGUAAUUGUGAGUCAAGCCCGUAACUUUUGUAUAUUCCCACGAAGAUCGCGGUGUUUGGUAUAUAUGUGAUCUAGCGUUUGGAUACAUAAUUAUUUCUGUUUUAUUUUUUAAAUGCCCGUCGAGAUGCGCCAAACGUUUUGCGCAUCAUUGAACUGGAUUGUCAUUUCUGAACUGGAAUACCUUCAAAACAACAAGAGAUUAUAGAAACUGAUGGUCAAACGGGCAAGUGGUGGAAUGUUUUGCUGCUUUUUAUGAUUUCAUUCAAGCCUUAUGCGCAUGUUCAUUGAUGUUUUGGGUGUAAUUUAUACAGUUCCUGGUGGAGAGUCAGUGAAGCUCCUUUCUUUCCAAACUCUUGACAGAAAACAUGGCCCUGGAUUAACUGUCAUACGCGCAACCAGGGCUUUAUUUGUAUAUGAUUUAUGUGAUAUGUUACAUGCGUCUUCAAAUGUAAACACUUGUGAAGUGCGCAGAAACCCCUUUACGCAUUUAGAUAAAAGAAUAUGUUGCAAUUCAUAGCUGCGUGUCAAAACCUAGUGGGCUGCCUACCUAGAUAGCAUCGUAGACUUAUUCUAAACAACGAAAUCCAAUCACUUUUUUUGGGACAUCGAAUCGAAAGUUACAUGAGUGGAUUAGUAUGUUCAUAACGCGUUUGCUAUGUUCAAAAAUGCGGACUAGGUAGUAUGCUGUCUAGUGGCUCUUUAGUUUUUGAUAUGCAACAAAUGUUGCAAUCUCAAAUGUUGCAGAGGGGCAGAAAUGAGACGUCAAAUCUGGAGAGUUGAUCGUUAUCAUGUUUAUAAAUGCAAAUGGACCUUUUCCACAAGAGAUAAAGAUGCAAAAGCGCAUGAAGGUGUGACUGGGUCAGGAUAGAGACAAAUCCUGACUUUUUUUGUCUGCCUUAGGCACAAAGAAAGGAGCUCAUGGUUUUCACCAUUGACUUGUUAUAUUGCACUAUUAGUGGCAUGUCAUGCUUGGAACAUAACUGAGCUUGUUUGGGCUUGUGAAAUGUGUUUAAAGAAGAAAAUAGGUGGACAAAAAUUUCUUCUGGAUGUUCAGCCUGUCUCUUGGGUAUUGGAGAGUGGCUUUUCUGGAUCUCCUCUGGUUUUGAGAAUGACAAGACAUGCAGUUAGAGGAAAGCGUGCUCAGCAAAUUACCAUGGAUUUUUCCCGUCUUCACACGUAUACUCCUCCUCACUGUACUCCGGAUAACACGGGCUAUACCUAUUCACUCAGUUCAAGUUACUCGUCUGCAGCCCUUGAGUUUGAGAAGGAGCACAAAAUCAAUCCUGUGUACGACUCACCCAGAAUGUCACGGCGUAGUUUGAGACUACAGACCAGCAGUGGUUUCUAUGGUGACAACAGCCUCACUGAGCUUGCUGUGAAUCACAAUGUCAGCUCCUACAAGCGGACCAGCACCACCACCAGCGGCGGCAGCAGCAGCGUCAGCAGGUCUGUGCGGAGCAGGAGGCAGCAGCAGGGGUCGUCCAUGUACGAGUCUCAGAGUGUGACUCAGACUCCACAGAAAGAUCAGGGCACAUCAGACCUGAGCUUCAUCAGUACAGCCAGUGAUGCGUCUCUGAUCUCCAACCUGCUGGAUCAGUCCACGCUCAGACAGAGCUCUACCACACACACAUACUCUGCACAGAGAAGAAGAACUGCUCAGAGCUCUCUGUUGGGGAAUGGAGAUGCCAGUAAAACGGAGGCGCACACUAAUCUGGCAAACGGCUUUAUCUGUAAGGACUGCUCGUUCCAUGCAGAUGGGAAGGAGGAAGAAACGGCAUAUACUUCACCGUACUCCAAGUCUUCAGCAUAUCGGACAGCUGCAGAUGCCACUAUGACCACUUCUCUGAACAGUGUUGACCAGACAGCUCAUGACAGCUACUGUGGCAGUGUGAACGUGCGGGAUCUGGCGACCGCAGACAGCCAUCUCAAUCUCAACGGGUCCCUCUGCGAUGACUGCAAAGGGAAGCAGCACAUGGAAACACACAUGGAGCAUAAGCGCUAUUCCUACACCCGCCACGUAUUCACAGCCUUGUGGGCCCUUGUUUCUUACACAGGUUACGGUCUUCUGAGGGUUUGCCGAAGCUUCGGCUCUGCCGGUGCGUUCGUGACUCGGAAGCUGAAGUCCGUUCUGUGGUUGGCAGUGUGUUCUCCAGGGAAAGCAGCGACUGGCGCCUUCUGGUGGCUGGGAACAGGAUGGUAUCAGCUGGUGGCGCUCAUGUCGCUGAUCAACGUCUUUCUUCUCACCAGGUGUCUGCCCAAACUACUGAAGCUUCUUCUGUUUCUGCUACCCUUCCUGCUGCUGUUCGGGUUAUGGUAUCUCGGUCCACCCAUCGCUCUGUCCUUCCUGCCAGCUGUAAACCUCACAGAGUGGAAAACAGCGGUCUCCUCUGUCGCAUCACUUCCUGCCCUCCUUUCUCUGCCAUCUCUUCCCUCUUUACCUGCACUACCUUCUUUUAUAAAAGAACCACUAGUUAAAGAAGAACACAUCCCACCUCCAGCGAUCUCACAGGCUGCUUCAGAGUCCAUUAACAGCGAGCGUUUGGCUCGGCUCGAGCAGCGUGUGGCAACACUUUGGGAAAGCGUCCAGCAGGGGGAGCUGAAAGCCAAGCAGCAGCACGAGGAGGCAGUGGGUUUCGUUCAGGCCCUUCAGGACCAGAUAAACACGCAAACAGACAGAGAGAGUCUCGGCCUGUGGGUCUCACAGCUCCUCGAGCCCAAGUUCACCGCGCUCAAGGGAGAGAUGGAGAGAGAGACGGUCAGCAGGGCGGAGACUGAGGAACAGCGUGUGCAGCAUCAGACGAGUCUUGAAGCUCGACUAGCCGAGCUGGAGCUCCUGCUGCAGAACCUGAACUCUAGAACUGAGGAAAUCCAUCUAACACAGCAGACUCCAGUACAGGCCCCUGUCAGUGCUGGCGUAUCUCAGGAGACGCAUGCUGCUUUGCUCUCUGAGGUUCAGAGGUUGGAAGCAGAGCUGGGCCGCAUCAGAGGAGACCUGCAGGGGGUGAUGGGAUGUCAAGGGAAAUGCGACCGGCUUGACACCAUACAUGAAACGGUGUCGGCACAGGUGAGAAAAGAGUUGCAUGCUCUGUUGUAUGGCCGUAACGAGCGUGAAACGGAGAUUCCCGAGCCCUUGCUGCCAUGGCUGGCAUCUCAGUACACACGCUCCUCUGACCUCACCGCGACCCUCAUGACCCUAGAGCGCAGCAUUCUGGGAAACCUGUCCCUUCAGCUGCAGGAGAGCAGACAGCAGUCCUCCACUGAAACAAUUACUCAGACUGUCGCCCACACCGCCGGGGCUGCUGGGAUGUCAGAGGAGCAAGUCCAACUGAUUGUCCAGCGUGCGUUGAAGCUGUACUCUGAGGAUCGCACAGGACAGGUGGACUACGCUCUAGAGUCUGGAGGUGGCAGUAUUCUCAGCACACGCUGCUCUGAGACGUACGAGACAAAGACUGCAUUGAUGAGCCUGUUUGGAAUCCCACUGUGGUACUUCUCGCAGUCUCCACGUGCUGUCAUCCAGCCGGACAUGUACCCAGGAAACUGUUGGGCGUUUAAAGGCUCCCAGGGUUAUCUGGUGAUCAGGCUGUCUUUAAGUGUGAUCCCUACCUCCUUCUGCCUGGAGCAUAUUCCCAAAAGCCUCUCUCCCUCCGGAAACAUCAGCAGCGCACCACGCCGAUUCUCUGUCUAUGGAUUGGAUGAUGAAUACCAGGAAGAAGGGAAACUGCUGGGUGACUACACCUAUCAGGAAGAUGGAGAAUCACUCCAGAUCUUCCCAGUUAUGGAGAAGAAUGACAAGGCCUUUCAGAUCAUUGAGAUGCGAGUGCUGUCGAACUGGGGUCAUCCUGAAUACACCUGCCUGUAUCGCUUCAGAGUUCAUGGCAAACCUCACACUCAAUAAAGCCCCACUGUACAUUACAAUUUAGCCCUUUAUGUACAUACAGGAAACGCUUGGACUUUGAUGCAGCACGGAUGAAACUGGGCUUGCAAGCUACUUUUUAAGACUUUUAAUACGAAUGAUGGCCGAGACAGAGUUACAAGGAGCACAGCAGGAAAGAGCAAUGCAUUUAAGCAAAGGAUUUCCUCUUAUUUCCUUCCCACUCCCCUGUUCUUGCACUGAUUCAUGCCCUUUCGGCUGGGCCAUGUGUUUCGCUCCUGCCCCGUAGAGGUAUCUGUGCCUUCAGACAGAACUUGCUUCUCUCAUUCGGUGUACCUUUUUUCUGUUGUUUUCUGAAUGUACAGAGAGGUGCGAAGUCAAUGUAAGUAUCUGAGUAUCUGACUUCAGCCUCGGCCACUGGUCACUGCCGCUAGUCUGCGAGGUCCCAGGGAGUGGUGAUCAGCUACAAGAGGGAUUUUUUUUCUUGGUUUUUAAAACCUUUAUCACCACUUAACCUGUAAACCUCACCAAACCUGAUGAGAAUGUGUCUGGGUGAUAUUUCCCCCUUGAAAAGUUAGAUAAUAAAUCCUAUAUUACAGGUGCUAAGAGUUUUUUUUUUUUUUUUUUUUUUGCGUUUUAACACUGUUUUCAAAAUUAAGCAGCCCCCCUCCCCAAUUUACUGUAAUGCAAAAAUGUGUUAUUUAAAUUUUUUUAACAUUUAUUUUUACUGCUUUGUACUGAUUUAAAUAAUUUAAUUGUAAUACAAUUAAAAAAAAAUAUUAUUGAGUGUAAUUUCUUAAUAUUUUUGAGAAUUUAUUCUAAUAACAUUUUCUUUUGCAUUAUAAUAAUGUGGUAAUUUUGGAGGGAAAUGUUCUUAAUUUUCCAAUGGUGUGAUGAUGCAAAAAAAAAAAAAAAAAAAAAAUCAUAAAACAGUCCUUAUUUUAUUUUAUAAUGCUGACUGAAGCUACUAAUCACAGUUGUGUUAUUUUUAUGUCAUUUAGGGCUGUUAUUGUUUUUGGUAUGAAAUAUGACCCAGACUUUUUUUGUUGUACAGUAGAAAUAAACUAAUAAAUAUGGAAGCUUGUUUCCACCACGGAAUAUAAUGAUUCAAUAAAAAAACAAAAAACAAAAGUUAACUGUGACUUUUAUCUCACAAUUCUGGCAUUUUUGUCCUCACAAUUGCGAGUUAUAAAGUCAGAAUUGCAAGAUAAAUUCCCAAUUGCAUGAAAUAUAGUUUAUAUCUCGCAAUUGACUUUCUCGCAAUUCAGACUUUUUUCUCAGUCGCAAUUACACAAAAUAUAGUUUACAUGUCGCAAUUCUGACUUUUUUCUCACAAUUGCGAGUUAUAAAAUCAGAAUUGCAAGAUAAAUUUGCAAUUGCACGAAAUAUAGUUUAUAUCUCGCAAUUGACUUUUUUCUCGCAAUUCGGACUUUUUUCUCAGUCACAAUUACGCAAAAUAUAGCGUAUAUCUCGCAAUUGACUUUUUCUCGCAAUUCUGACUUUUUCUCACAAUUGCAAGUUAUGAAGUCAGAAUUGCGAGAUAUUGACUUUUCUCAGAAUUGUGAGAUAUAAACUCAUAAUUAUGAGUUAUAAAUUCUAAUUCUGAGGAAAAAAAGACUCACAAUUGCCUUAUUUUUUAUUCAGUGGCAGAAACAAACUUCCAUAGAUAACAGCCAUAAAUUGUAGGAGACACUAGCUUGAGCUCAGAUGGAAUAUCUCCACAGAAGGGAACGGAUGUUUAUGUGAGCAUGUGGACUGAUACGUGUACAUUUUAACAAAACUGGAAAUGAAACACUCACUGUUUGUUUCUCUCGUCAGUAGUAAUAUCUCUAAUAUCACAGUCAUGACACUCUGCAGGAAUGUAACUUAUUGUAAUUAGUCCUUUUUAAUCGACUUAUAUCAGUGUUUAUUUUGCAUAAAGGGGUGCGCCCUGUUGUCGUCAUCAUCAUUAUUUUCCUUUUUAUUGUUUUUUUUUUUUUUUGUUAAGCAUUUGAGUUAAAGUAGACAAUGCACUGUCUUUAUAAAGGAAAUGUAAGUUGCACAAGUCCUAUGUGAUUCGUUGGAUAUGUUUAAAAAGUCAGGGGUUCAUUUAUAGAACUGUGUCAUCAACGAUGACCUAAAAGAGUCUGUUUGUAAAAUACUAUUGAUUUGUUCGUAACUAUUUAUUUUACAGAAGUUUAGCUGAGAAAUAGGACUUUGUGCGGUGUGUUUUGUAAAAUGCUUUUCAGUGCAAAUUGGUCCGUUUAUAUUUAGUUUUGUUUUUGUCAUUAUAAAAUGGCUACAGUACUAUGAAUUGUACCAGUAAAGAAUUUUAAUUUUGA